GUUACUAUGAGCAUUCGUAUCACGAGGGCAAAGGCCGCGGCGGUGGCUGAGCGGCAGCAGCAGCAGCAUGUCGAUGAGGACGCGCUGCUCGACCUUCACAGCGCUCCCCAGGACCACACACCACUUCACGACAUCUCUCCGAACAGCGCAAGCCAACGACACGCCGCCCACGUGGAGAAGGAGGAUACCAUAUUCGAGAAGAGAGCCAAGAAAGGCGCGCGCAAUGAUAGCAAGAAUACCAAUACACUCGACGCUAGCACAACUAGCGCAGCACCAGAUGAUGGAUCUGCUGUGAUGCCAGAUGAAGUUGAAAUGGCGCACUCAUCGGCGACCCAGGCUGCUUCUGAUGAACCCGUCGAGGAUGUGCCAGAAGUGGAGGCAUUGCAUUCGACCGGGCGUGAUAUUAGGCCAACGACGCCCCCAUUUGAUGCUGUGCGAUUGAAUGCAGGCACAAUUCACCGGUCAACAUUGGAUGUGAGCUGUGCUGGUCAAGAUGCUCGAGACAAAGCCCUAGGCGUGUCGCAGAGGACGUCUGUUGGCCGAGAAACAAAAGGGAACGGCCACACGCAGGAGCCAGUACAAACAGCCGCAGUGGACCAGGUCACGAAAGUCUCACCUGAGCCUCUCAUCAGCAGCCCCCGGGAGACAAUGCCCAACGUUCUUCAGCAGACACCUACGAAAUCCUCCGGCGCGGUCAAGCCCACACACAACGUCGCGUCGCUGGAACCCGGCGAUAUGGACGAAAAUGGGGAGUAUGAUCGGCUUGAGAAGGCGGUUAUUGAAGCAUCGACGCCUCCGAAGUUGAACUCAAAUUCACCCUUGAUCCCUGCUGCUUCCACGCCGAGCUACAACCAUCCCAAGAGCGCAGUUCUCAGCGCAUCCAAAUCGUCGAGAAAUUCGGUUUCCACGCUACCGAAUGAUCCAAUAGAGGCUUUGGACGCCCAGGAUGAGGCCAUCGAGAAGAUCUCUGCUGAAGUCCCAGUCAUGCAAGAUUCGCCUCAGAAACCUCAAUCGAAAAAGUCCGUGCCACCUGUUCGAUUGACCAAAGCGAGCCAGGCUAGAAUCUCACUCGCUCACGGUCUUCCGGAUGCGCCAAGCAGAGUCCCGUCAAUAGGACGACCCAAGCAAUCAAUGUCGCAGUCGAGUGCUAAGCGGGUCAUGUCAGCAUCAAGUGCAAAGUCGGACGGAGAUGCCGUAGAUGAGGCUCCUGCUGUGAAGAAGGAGGUUGUCAUUCCUCACAGCAAGCCUAGACCCAUGUCCAUGCAAUUCAAGCCACCGCCACCACCUGCCAAGUCUACCAAGGCACCGACCAAGAGCAACUUUCAGCUUCCUGGAGAAGCUGUUGCCGCCAAGUUCAAGGCGGCGCGAGAAGCCCGUCAGCAGAAGGAGGCUGAGGAGCAGAAGAAGAAAGCUUUCAAGGCUCGACCUGCACCUGAUAUGAACAAGACGCCGGCUGUGCGUCAGACGAGCACUAGCAAAGCUCGCGAGUCGAUUAUGAAUCCCGGAAAGCCAUUGGCCGCAUCCGCCAAUGACAGCCGUCCCAAGAGCGUGGCUACCAGCAGGCCUGCGACUACUGGAAGACCAGCAACGGGCAAUGCAAAGCCAGGCCCCACCAUCCGACACUCGACAGCAUCCAAGCCUUCGACAGCCCGUCUAUCAGUUGCCCCAGGCAAGGCAAAGGAUCUCGCUGUCACCAAGCGACCUGUCAGUAUGAUGGGCACCUCCACAAGUAAAGCCAGACCAGCAACAGUCUUGGGCAUGAGCAGCCGACCACGACUUUCGCUCGCCCCCAAGCCAAACCCACCAGCUGCUGACUCGACACGUCCUACCUUCCAGGCAGGCAAGGGCAAAGAAGUCUUCAAUCGUGCAGCUGAAGCCAAGGCUAGUGCCCAGCAGCAAAAGCGCGAAAAGGAAGAAGCUGCGAAGAAAGCCCGUCUGGAAGCCUCCGAGCGCAGUCGCCAGCUGAGUCGCGAUUGGGCGGAGAAGCAGCGUAUGAAGAAAUUGGGCCUCAAGCCGGAUUUGACUGCUGCUGCUGCUGAUCCUGCUGCGACGACUCUUGCUCACGCUCCGAAUGUCGCUGCUGCAUCGUGAGGAGAAUCUUUGGGCAACUUCAAUUACUGGACAAUCGUCGUUUCUUUUCUCACUUUGACAUCACAUCAUCAGACUGGAGAGAGAGAGAGAGAGAGAGAGAGAGAGAAAAUUUCUCGUCUGAUCAUUCACUUCUCACAGUGAGUGGUGCUGAGGGUCAUGUCAGCACAUCCAAUGUUGAAUUUCACCUGUCGAAGGGUCUGGUGGUUGAGCAAUCCAUCCAUUUGUGCAUAUGCAUAUGCAGAAUGCGGUGGCAACUUGGCUGCGUCCG